AUGAGCGUGUUCAAAUUCUCCAAAGUGGACUGUUUCCUCACUUAUGUGGGCUUGACAGUCCUCAUUUUGGACAUCGGUUUGGACAUAUACACCGCCUGGUCUUUCUACCAGGAGGAGGACUACGUUUAUCUCGGCAUUCUGAUUGCGUUGCUCGUGGGUUCCUCGAUGCUCUGUCAAGUCUACAGUUGGCUCUGGUAUUCGUAUGAUAAAAAUGGGUCGAUGGUGACGAAAGUUCAGGAGGCUGUGAGUCCGGGACUGCUUAAAGUUGUGCACUUUUUACAGCUGGGAGUCUAUUUCAGGCACGCCACCGUGGUGGACAUCACGACUUGUAGCUGCAUUACCAAAAGCCCCAUUCGAGAAGACCUUGCAGUCUACGCCAUUCACGACCUCAGCCUACUUCGCCUGUUUGAGGCUUUUUCCGAGAGUGCCCCGCAAAUGGUCCUCUUGCUCACCAGCAUGCUGCGGAGAGGCCAAACGGAUUAUCUGACAGCGUUGAAGGCGUUGGCCUCGGCGUCCGCCAUCGCCCUGACGGUGACCACCUACCACCGAUGCCUUCGCUCCUUCCUGCCCGAAAAAGCAAAGCAAAGCGUGUUCUCAUCGUGCGUUUACUUCAUUUGGAACCUUCUCCUCAUCUUCUCCCGCUUGUCCGCCAUCGCCGUGUUUGCCUCCGUUCAGCCCUGCUUCAUCUUCCCUCAUUUCAUUUGCUACUGGAUGCUCUUCUUCUUCUGCGCCUGGCGCUGCAAGAGCACCUUGAUGGACAGCUCGGCCGGGGAAUGGUUUUACCGGGCCACGGCGGCCUUCAUUUGGUAUUUCACUUGGUUCAACAUUGUGGAAGGAAAGACUCGAUACAACACGUUGUGCUAUCACAGCUUGAUGCUUCUCGAUACUGGAAUGUUAUGCGGCUUGUGGUUCUGGAGAACCAACACGCAAACUGCUCUCAUCGUUCUCCUAAGCAUCAUUCUAUUCUAUAUUGCCGGCCUGAUACUAAAAAUCACAUACUACAAGUUCUUCCAUCCGAACCUCGACAAACAUGAGUUGAGAGCAGCAGAGGAGAUGGUCUCCGUGUCGAGCGAAAAUUCGGACGACGUCGCGGAACGAAGGUUUUUGAACGAAGAUGUGGUGGACGGCAUCGUCGCACGAGACGAUGGGAGCCGUUCCGAUGGGAAAAUGAGGAAGCGAACAGAAAAUUACAAUAAAAGAAUGAGGAAGCUAGCGGAAAAUUUCUACUCGUGA